AUGUGCCGACCAGAGGCCAUGCUGCUGUUGCUGAUCCUUGCCCUCCUGGGGACCCCCACUUUCGGGGCAACUAGUUACUAUGGGCUAACAAGUGGCACGCAUUUCUGCACUUCCGUACCCAAAGGAAAAGACUUAGAGGGGAUUCGGAUGCGUAUUCGUGGUCCUAGGAUUUUAAGUGUUCAACUGAAACAUGGAGACACCUGGGGUGAAGUAUAUGGUGUUACAGGUGGAAGAAUUGAAGAAUUCAUCCUGAAUAAGGGUGAAUACAUCACUUGGCUCUAUGGCUCUUACCUGAUCAACAUCCAGCACCUGAUUGUGUAUACUGAUUGGAUACGCAAUCACAUUUUUGGGACCAGCACUAGGAAUGAGUUCUCUGCCUUCCCUAAUCAAUAUGGCCAGGUGCUCAAGGGCUUCUGUGGCUUUUAUAACCUUGGUGGCAUAUCAUCCUUUGGCUUUAUAUGGGAUGAUGCAGAGGGGAACUCAACCAGUACCAAAGCAUGCUCAUAGUGGAGGCAUGGGUCCACCCCCAGCUGAGGAGGUCUGUGUGGGGUAACCCAGACAGGACGUCCAUUCU